ACCACCGGGCAACCAAAGCAAGCACCCCUGCUCUGCUCCCGCUCUCUGAUCUCACAUGGCGACGGCGGCUGCCAGUCGGCCCAGCGGGCCGGUCCUCUUGAUACCCAGCUACCGCUCGGCAUCGCCCACCCGCGUCAAGCUCUCCUCCGGUGGCGCCACCGGCUCUCCGGCCAAGUCCGUCAGCGUCUCGUCUUCUUCCUCCUCGUCCCCUGCCGCCGGCAAGAGCCGUCGCUCCUGCAUGUGCUCCCCGACGAACCACCCGGGCUCAUUUCGCUGCGGCCUCCACAAGGAGAGCAAGCAGGCGGCCCCGACCGGCAACAGCAAGCCCGCCUCACCACCAUCCAUCGGCAGCUCCCGCUCGAAGUGCACGGGCAGCGCGCUGGUGCGGCUCGUCCCCAUGGAGAGCGGGCACUGGGCACGCAGGGCGCUCUCGCCGUCCACCUCGGCGCAGCAGUCCCUGCAGCGGAGGCGCGCGAGCGGGUCCCGCCCCCGGCCGAGCCGGCUCUCCGCCGUAUCCAUGGCCGGUGACCGCGCCGGCGACAACCACCAGUAAAAAACCAGCGUCGACGUGCCAUAGGAAAAGUAGUGAGCAUAGGAGGGAAAUUCCCCGUGUCAUAGCAAGAUAGUAGGAAAGAAAUUCCCCAAAUAAUUCACCGGGGUCUUCCGUUUGCGGCAGAAAAUUGUAGUUUUU